CCCAGCUGCGCUGCUUUGCGGGCCCGGGCGUAGCCCCGCGCGCUGCAUAAAUAACUUCCUAUGGUUCUCUGUAGAAAGUUACUUGCAGAGUGGAGUUUGAGGCCCAGGGUGGGAGGCGGAGGGUCUGGCCUGGCCUGGCCUGGUUUGGGACAGCUGAGGGCUGCUUAAGGCCGGUAUCAGGGCCUUUCCUCCCACAGUGGACCAUUAAGAGAAGCCUGAGCUCCUCAGUCUUUCCAGGGUUCGAACCUUGAAUAUAUUCCGUGUUGCACUUUUCCUCCUUGGUUCGCAGUUUUCUUAUCUGUAAAAUGGGCACAGUGGCUGAAGCUGGAAGGAGAUGGUGGAUGUAAACCGCAUAGUAGUUGGCUUUGGAGAGUGGAGAAUCAGAAGAGACUUAAGGCAGCAGGGGGGCUUGGGCCAUGGCCUCUGACCUGGACUUCACACCUCCCGAGGUGCCUGAACCUACUUUUCUGGAGAACCUGCUACGGUACGGACUCUUCCUGGGGGCCAUCUUCCAGCUUAUCUGUGUGCUGGCCAUCAUCGUACCCAUCCCCAAGUCCCAUGAGGCGGAGGCAGAACCCUCUGAGCCCAGAAGUGCUGAGAUAAUGAGAAAGCCCAAGGCUUCUGUUCCUUCUGCAAACAAAAGGCCCAAGAAGGAGACCAAGAAGAAGCGGUAGAAGAGGAGAAGAGGAGCCCAGGAGGUGGCCGGCCGUGGGCCAGCUCUCCCGGAAUCAGCCUCCUGCUCCCUCUUGUCUGUCCCAGGCUCAGGGCUGGAGGUGGCUGCAAUGCCCUCUGACCACAGAGAUCUGGACAGUCAUCACAGUCCCCUCCUGCUGGGCAGACCACCACUUCUUCCUCUGCUCCCAUGAUGGUUGAGUAGAGUCAAGGGGACCAAAACACACCAUGAGCAAGACUCUGUUAGGAGGUUUGUUCAGAAGUCAGGUCAGCUCACAGAGUCAAUGUUUUCUUACUUAAUCAUGGUGUCCAGCCUUUAGUCAUCCCCUCUGUGGGUUUACACUACAUUUUGAAGUCAUUGUCUACUCUGACACACACUCCCUCUCCCGUUUUUUCUGUGCUACAGAUCUCCUGUUUAUCAGUCACUUUUGUCUCUCUGCUUGUGUGGAUGGAGCCAGGCCUUGCCUGUUUGUUUAGGUCAAGAUACCCUGGUCACACAAUGCUAGUGACCCCACCAACUGUGACAGCCAAGUCUGGGAAAGGCCGGCAGAAAGCCUGAGCCAGGGUAAUGCCUAUUCUCCUCCAGCAGGUAGAAGAGGUUUAGCUGAAUGAGUGUGGAUCUCUUGGGCACAAACUUCCUGAGCCUCAGAAAUGAGAGAUGGUCAAUUUCAGACGCCCCCUUUCCAUCACAGCAGGUUCCAGGUGUCCCUUUUGACUUCCAUCUCUGUAUCCCCUUCCCUUUGAUUUUUCAUUCCCUGCCCAGUGAAAAGUUAUUGGGGGAGUAAGGGUCAAUAAACUGUCUGCAUGC